ACAGACAGCACAGCUCGAGUGUUGACCGUGUGCGCUCCCUUCUCGCCGUUUCCCGAGCUGUACACGCAAUUCCAUACUUCCGUUGUCACCUUGAAGAGGGGCGGUCUGAGUAGUACUGCUGCAUUCGGCUGCCUCGGUGUAUAACAUCUCCCAACACAGCCAAAAUGCCGGACGUCAUGAAAGCCGUCGACAUCAAAAACGGCACGGGCAGCGCCGACGCCCUUUUCAUCAACCCUUCCACCCCCGUCCCCCGCCCGGGCCCCGGCCAGGCCCUCGUCAAGGUGAAAGCCUUCGGGCUAAACCGGAUGGACCUCAUCCAGCGCGAGGGGCAUUACCCGCUACCUCCGCAGGCACCCAGCACGCUAGGCGUCGAGUUCAGCGGCACCAUCGCCGCCCUCGGCGACUCCGCCUCCCCCUCGUCGUCGUCGUCGUCUUCCACCAGUGAUACCUUCAAGGUAGGCGACGCAGUCUUUGGCCUGGCCUACGGCGGCGCCUACGCAGAGUACAUCUGCGUCUCGCGCAAGAUGCUGCUGCACAAGCCGGAGCACCUCUCGUUCGAGCAGGCGGCCGGCAUCCCCGAGACGUGGAUCACGGCCACGCAGGCGCUGCAUUUCGUGCUGGGCGGCAUCUCCUCCUCCUCCUCCUCUGGACAACAAAGGAGUAGUAGAAGUAUCCUGUGGCAUGCGGGCGCGUCGGGGGUGUCGAUCGCGGGGAUCCAGCUGUCGCGGCUCGCCGGGGCCAGCAGCAUCUUUGCCACGGCCGGGUCGGAGGAGAAGUGCAGCUUCGUCGAGCAGGAACUAGGCGCGACGGCGGCGUUUAAUUACAAGACCCAGGACUGGGUUGAGGAAGUGUUGAAGAGGACGGACGGGAAGGGGGUGGAUCUUGUCGUGGACUUUGUUGGGGGCAGUUACUUCCAGAAGAAUCUGGAUGUGGUGGCCCGUGAUGGCAGGAUUUGCAUGCUCGGACUGAUGGGCGGGGCAGUUGCCGAGAGUGUGAACAUCGGGAAGCUGCUCUACAAGAGGGCGCGUGUGGAAGGGAGUACGCUCAGGAGCCGCGAUGAGGAGUAUCAGGGCAGGCUGAGAGACAAGUUGGAAGAGUACCUGCCCAAAUUUGAGAGCGGCGAGCUGAAGGUCUUGAUUGAUACUGUGCUGCCGUGGGAGGAUAUUGUGAAGGCGCACAAGCUGAUGGAGGAGAACAAGACCAAGGGCAAGAUCAUCUGCACUAUUCCCUAAGGCAUCCUAGCUGGGAGUACCCCUAGAUUCGGGCAGAUGAGAAACUAAACAGUGAUACCCGCGUGCCAUACGAUUGAACCGCCUUGACCAAACCCAAGACCGGAACGCCUAAAGUAAGUAAA